GUGCUUGUCUCACAUGAUUUACGGACCUUAGAAGACACACUACGGAGGGUUGCCUCUGCCACCAGGAUGUCCCAUGCCAUACGAAGAGCCUUUUCGAGACUGACUCCGGAAAUUUUCAGAAUCUUGUUUACUUCUCAUGUGCGCCCGAUCCUUGAAUACGGACUACCCGCAAUCUGUCCUCUUACCAGGUUCGAGUGUAACAUGAUUGAGAAGGUACAGCGGCGUGCCUCGAAAUCCAUACUGGAGUUAAGGGACUUGCCUUACCCUCAUCGACUACAGCGGAUGCACCUGUUCUCCCUGGAAUAUCGCCGACGUAGAGGUGAUCUAAUUUUUACUAGGCGAAUUCUGAUGGGGGAAAUGGGGACGGAGCUACAAGCGUUCUUUCAAGUCAACACUAAUAGUUCCACUCGGGGGCACAACUGGAAACUAUAUAAAACCAGAAGACUCAGAGUUCGCUCCACUCUUGCUCUAUCAACCCGCAUUGUCAAUGACUGGAACGACUUGCCGAAACAUGUGGUCGACGCGCAAUCGGAGGAAUGUUUCAAGCGAUUUUUGGAUUCUCACUUGAUGAGUAAGCUGGGACCCUGCUUCUUCCAAUGUAGCUGUUACGGCCCCUUGUGGAAUACCGUCUCGUAGCGACUCACGGCAUCCACGCAAUGAUCGGGAAGUGAAGGAGCUGACAAAGGACUUUCCUUCUGCUCUCUACAAUCCAAUGAUCCAAUGAUCCAAUGA